CAGGACUGAAUGGGUUUACAGAGUAAUUAGGGUACAGAUUGUUAUCGGGUACACUGUUAUUGAAUGCAACUAAAUGUAAGCAUACUGGAUGGAUGAAAGUGACAGCAAAUGGGGGUUUACAGCGUAAUUAGGAUGAAGAUUGUUAUCCUACACUGUCUGCCCGUGUAAACCGAAAUAUGCGUUAUUUCCCAUGUGUUACGCAGCGCGUCCACAAAUUUCAAAAGUCAAAAUCUGUAAUACCUCGGAAAUUACGAAACACAUGGGGAUCAGGUUGUUUCAUUUUAAGUUAUAUUUUGAAAGGGAAACUCCCCCCUCUCCAAAAGGAUCCUCGUAUAUAAAAACACAAAUGUUAAUCCUGGACAUUAUUAUCCGUUUAGCCUGUGCAACUGAACUCGACCAUGCAGCCCUUCAGCUUUUUUGCCGUCACCGUCCUCUGCUGUGCGCUGUGGCAGUGUGCCAUUGCUGGACCAGUUGGAGAGCGUGAUUUAUCAUUGAGGCUCAAGGCAACCGAGUGCAAAGAGGUCGCGCGCUCGUUGCUCAGCGUUGUAUCUGGCGCGCUCGCCAUGGACCACCUGUUCGUCGGAUUUAACUGUACGCAGCAAAACGCAGAAGUGCACGUGAGGACGAAAACGAUGUCUGCUUGCACAUCACAUUCUGCAGACUGCCUUCACAGCUCUGUCCUGAAUAUUGAUGAGAAUGAAUGUCUACAGAGCAUCUUAGAAGAUCUACACUACUACUGGGAAACAUUUACAGUUUAUGCCAACUCAGAUCUUACCAAAACCGUGGUCAGAAGCAUUGAUGACGUCAUGCAGAACUGUUUUGCUGUCUCUGCAAUGGACAAAUCUGAGCUCAAGGUGUCCAUGGAUCAUCCAAAAUCUUUUCAAGAACGAUUACAGCUUUGUAAAGUCCUGAAGGGUUUCCACCUUCGAGCCAUUACUAUUAACAGAGUUUUCAACUACAUUUUGGCAAAAUAAUAAGCUCACAGUUGCUAUAUGGCUUUAUUACAAAAAAUAUUUAUUUGCUAAGUUAUUUUAUUGUAUUUAAACAUUAUUUAUUAUGGCAUAAUGUCUGUCAUUUGUUGUUUGUUAUUAAAUGCAUGAUGUUUGA